AUUUUAACAAUUGUACUAACUAAUAUAGAAACUUUGUAGGUGGUAAUGCAGUCGAUGACACUGAUGAGAACUUAGAUUAGAAGUUGUAUGUGCGAAUAUUCUACUAUUAAAAUAAACGAAGGAAAUAUACCUAAAUUCUACAUUAUGAGGUGAUCAUAACUGAAUCCUUGUUUCGAUUUGCUAUUUUUUAUCGUCUCAGCUGCAUGCAGUUUUCACAAACGAAGUGAAAUUUCGAAAACGGAAUGGAUAAUCAACUGUUGAGACGAUCGGUUGGGAAGAAAGGUGGCCUGAAGACCAUUAAGGAACUGGAUGGUUUUACUAAAGUGUCUGAGAGUUACACACAGUCUUCAGUUUCUGGAGGAACUAUUUCUGUGAUUAGCUUUACUUUGAUUGUGAUCUUGGUGAUAUCAGAAAUUGUACACUAUACUUCAGGCAGGGUUAAGUUCCAGUAUACUGUUGACAGGGAGUUUGAUAGAAAGCUGAAAAUAAACAUAGACAUCACUGUGGCUAUGCCCUGUGCAAUGAUAGGUGCUGAUGUGUUAGAUGUGACCAAUCAAAAUGCACAGACCUUUGGUAAACUAGAGCAGGUACCUACUCGAUUCAGUUUAUCACCUGAACAGAGGAUGGACUGGGAAAUGCUACAACAGCUAAACACCCACAUCAGACAACAAUAUCAUGCCAUCCAAGACAUCAUUUGGAAUAUAGGAUUUUCUGAUAUACUUACAGGCAUUUCAACAAGUGAAUUAGAGCCUAUGGAAGAAGCAGAUGCAUGUAGAUUAUAUGGAACGUUAGUUAUUAAUAAAGUUGCUGGGAAUUUUCAUAUCACAGCAGGAAAACACAUUCCACUUCCCUUGGGCCAUGCACAUAUUUCUAUGUUUCUCUCUGAUAGAGAUUACAAUUUUUCUCACAGAAUUCAGAAAUUUUCAUUUGGGGAUGAAAUAGAAGUUAUUGAUCCACUUGCAGGAGAUGAAAAAAUAGCACCAGAAAAUUAUUACUUGUACCAGUACUAUCUUAAAAUUGUACCUACAGAAGUUGAUACCAGCAGAGUGCAAGUCAAUACAUUUCAGUAUUCAGUGACAGAACAGGAGCGUUCAAUUAGUCACCAGGCUGGUAGUCAUGGUGUGCCAGGGAUAUAUUUUAAAUAUGACAUGUCGUCUGUGAUGGUUAAAGUCUUGGAUGAAGGGCAGACUUUGUGGCAGUUCUUAGUAAGAUUGUGUGGCAUUGUUGGUGGGAUAUAUGCAACAUCUGGAAUCCUAACUGGAUUAACUCAGUUCUUGGUCGAUCUUAUUACCUGCAAGUUCUUGACUUCUACCAAGAAAAAUGACAAAUCCUUCAUUGGUAAUGAUACACAUAUUCCUGUUCAAGGACUUGUAAACUCUUUUACUGAAUCCCAACUCUUGGGUACAUCACCUAGUGGAACAUUACUUCCGGCACCUGCUCAAGAAGAACCUAAUUAUACUGAACAAGGAAUACUGUAAACAUCUCAAAGAUACAGAGUUUAUGUAUCGGAUAAUUUUAUAAAGGACUGAUAUAUCACUG